UGGCGGCGGCGGCGUCUGCGCCCGGCGGUAGCAGAGGCAACAGCGGCAGCCCUGAGGAGGGUGAGACGGACGCGGCGGCGGCAGCGCGGAAGUCGGGUGGGACCUGGAGCUUCCCGCCUGUCGCUAGCGCUGAGGCGUCUGCCUCCUGCCCGGCUUCUAGCUCACGGCCCUGGCUGGGCAGGGCAGAACGCCCCCGGGGAGGGGCGGAGCAGUAGAUAUGGUAUAAGAUAUUUCUUCAAGAUUGGACAGCUGGGAACCUGUUAUUUCUGAUUAACCUGAAGCUGACUUAUAGCCGUAGAGAAACCUCACGAAGUUCCAUCUUUUGUUUUCUGCUUUACACCUUUAUUGGCACCUAAGUUCACCUUGCAACAAUGUAUGGAAGUGCUCGCUCUGUAGGGAAGGUGGAACCGAGCAACCAGAGCCCUGGCCGUUCACCUAGGCUUCCACGUUCCCCUCGCUUGGGUCAUCGUCGAACCAAUAGUACAGGAGGGAGUUCUGGAAGCAGUGCUGGAGGUGGCAGUGGGAAAACCCUUUCGAUGGAAAAUAUACAAUCCCUAAAUGCUGCCUAUGCCACAUCUGGCCCUAUGUACCUAAGUGACCAUGAAAAUGUGGGUUCCGAAACACCUAAGAGUACCAUGACACUUGGCCGAUCUGGGGGACGUCUGCCUUAUGGUGUUAGGAUGACUGCUAUGGGCAGUAGCCCCAAUAUAGCUAGCAGUGGCGUUGCUAGUGACACCAUAGCAUUUGGAGAGCAUCAUCUCCCUCCUGUGAGUAUGGCAUCCACUGUACCUCAUUCUCUUCGUCAGGCAAGAGAUAACACAAUCAUGGAUUUACAAACACAGCUGAAGGAAGUCUUAAGGGAAAAUGAUCUCCUGCGGAAGGAUGUGGAAGUGAAGGAGAGCAAAUUGAGUUCUUCAAUGAAUAGCAUCAAGACCUUCUGGAGCCCAGAGCUGAAGAAAGAACGGGCUCUGAGAAAAGACGAAGCUUCCAAAAUCACCAUUUGGAAGGAACAGUAUAGAGUUGUGCAGGAAGAAAACCAGCACAUGCAGAUGACGAUCCAGGCUCUCCAGGAUGAAUUGCGGAUCCAGAGGGACCUGAAUCAGCUGUUUCAGCAAGAUAGCAGCAGCAGGACCGGCGAACCUUGUGUGGCAGAGCUGACAGAGGAGAACUUUCAGAGACUACAUGCUGAGCAUGAGCGGCAGGCCAAAGAGCUGUUCCUUCUUCGAAAGACCCUGGAGGAAAUGGAGCUUCGUAUUGAGACUCAGAAGCAGACCUUAAAUGCUCGGGAUGAAUCCAUCAAGAAGCUUCUGGAGAUGUUGCAGAGCAAAGGACUUUCUGCUAAGGCUACUGAGGAAGACCAUGAGAGAACGAGACGUCUGGCAGAGGCAGAGAUGCAUGUUCACCAUCUAGAAAGCCUUUUGGAGCAGAAGGAAAAAGAAAACAAUAUGUUGAGAGAGGAGAUGCAUCGGAGAUUUGAGAAUGCCCCUGAUUCUGCCAAAACAAAAGCUCUGCAAACUGUUAUUGAGAUGAAGGAUUCAAAAAUUUCCUCUAUGGAGCGUGGACUCCGAGACCUGGAAGAGGAAAUUCAGAUGCUGAAAUCCAAUGGGGCAUUGAGUACUGAAGAACGGGAAGAAGAAAUGAAGCAAAUGGAGGUGUAUCGGAGCCAUUCUAAAUUUAUGAAAAACAAGGUAGAGCAACUGAAGGAGGAGCUAAGUUCCAAAGAGGCUCAAGGGGAGGAGCUGAAAAAGAGAGCGGCUGGUCUUCAGGCCGAGGUCUUUGCCAUUGGCCAAGUGAAACAGGAGCUAUCCAGGAAGGACACAGAACUGCUAGCCCUACAGACAAAGCUAGAAACACUCACUAACCAAUUCUCAGACAGUAAGCAACACAUCGAAGUGCUGAAGGAGUCGCUGACUGCUAAGGAGCAAAGGGCUGCCAUCCUGCAGACCGAGGUGGAUGCUCUCCGAUUGCGUUUGGAAGAAAAAGAAACCAUGCUAAAUAAAAAGACCAAACAAAUUCAAGAUAUGGCAGAGGAGAAGGGGACACAAGCUGGAGAGAUACAUGACCUCAAGGAUAUGCUGGAUGUGAAGGAGCGGAAGGUUAAUGUUCUUCAGAAGAAGAUUGAAAAUCUUCAAGAACAACUUAGAGAUAAGGAAAAGCAGAUGAGCAGCUUGAAAGAACGAGUCAAAUCCUUACAGGCUGACACCACGAACACUGACACUGCCUUGACGACUCUGGAGGAGGCCCUUGCGGAGAAAGAGAAGACAAUUGACCGCUUAAAGGAGCAACGGGACAGAGAUGAGCGAGAGAAGCAAGAGGAAAUCGAUAACUACAAAAAAGAUCUUAAGGACUUGAAAGAGAAAGUCAGCCUGUUACAAGGCGAUCUCUCAGAGAAAGAGGCUUCACUCUUGGAUCUGAAAGAGCAUGCUUCUUCCCUGGCUUCCUCAGGACUGAAAAAGGACUCACGGCUUAAGACACUAGAGAUUGCUUUGGAGCAGAAGAAGGAAGAGUGUCUGAAAAUGGAAUCACAGUUGAAAAAGGCACAUGAGGCUACAUUGGAAGCCAGAGCCAGUCCAGAAAUGAAUGACCGAAUACAACAAUUGGAGAGAGAGAUUACCAGGUACAAAGAUGAAUCCAGCAAAGCUCAGACAGAAGUUGACCGCCUCUUGGAAAUCUUGAAGGAGGUGGAAAAUGAGAAGAAUGACAAAGACAAGAAGAUAGCCGAGUUGGAAAGGCAAGUGAAAGACCAGAAUAAGAAGGUAGCAAAUCUGAAGCACAAGGAACAGGUGGAAAAAAAGAAGAGUGCACAGAUGCUAGAGGAGGCCCGGCGAAGGGAGGAUAAUCUCAACGACAGCUCCCAGCAACUACAGGACAGUCUUCGUAAGAAGGAUGACAGGAUUGAAGAGCUGGAAGAAGCCCUAAGAGAAAGUGUACAGAUAACUGCAGAGCGAGAAAUGGUGCUAGCACAAGAGGAAUCAGCCAGGACCAAUGCUGAAAAACAGGUCUGCGAUUUUAUACAGUUAUUAGCAAUGCUGCUGGUUAAAGAUGAGGUAAAACCCAACCAGUAUCGUUUAGGUAAACUAUAAAUAUUAGAUGUUAUUAGGGUUUCAGAAACACUACAUCAAGUAUCAGUAUUUAGACUUCAGUAAAAAUUGAAAUAUGUAGUUGUGUAAGAAUUGGCUCAUGUUAAUGCAGAGGCUUUUACAUUAAUA